ACUUACAGUCUGUAUCUGCCUCCUUAUAAAACAUAAUGUAUUUAUUUAUAUACAUGAAAUGUUUAAACAUCAUGCAGGUUCUUUCUGUCCUGUAAGAGAUGAAACCAAAUGUUUUUAGUGUUUUUAUGUUUGAUAUCAGAGAAAUUCAUUUUUCAUCAUCUUCAGACUGAAUGUUUUUGUGUUUUGAUGUUUUGAACGUCUGCAGACUUCCGGAUCUUUCAGCUGAAGUCCAAGUUCUCUCAGGUCCUUUAAAGACGAGAAGUGGAUGAUUCUCUGCAGAACUGAACUGUGUUCAGCUGAGUGUGUGUGUGUGUGUGUGUGCGCGUGUGUGUGUGUGAGAGAGAGAGAAUGUGCGCGUGCGUGUGCAUGUGUGUGUGUGUGUGUGUUUGAAUUGUAGAUCUGGAUCAGCUGAUGCGGAGCCGCAGCUGCAGGCGGAGCCGGGUUGGACUGGUACCGGCACCGGACCUGCCCUGACUGUGACGGAUCCGGGUCGGAUGGUUUUCUGUGGGUGUGAGGAAGACUGCCGACAGAGGAAGGUCUGAUUCUGCAGGGGCUCUCCGCCUCCUCCUUCCCCGCGCAGGGAGCGCGCCGCGCGGCUGCGGGAGAGGCGUGACGCGCCUGAACCGCAUCUCCAGGAUGGCAGGUCCUCCUGACCCCCCCUCAGCGCUCUGCACCGGGAUCAGACCGGCGGCCCUUUGAGGACGAUGGACCCUGAGAUCCCGGCAGGCCCCGGCAACAGGACCAGGACCUGGACCUGGACCAGGACCGGGAUGGACCUCAGAAUCUGCGCGUGCAGACGAACACUCGCUGUGCUCCUGCUGGUUGCCGGCACGCUGGUUUCCAUGGUGACCUCAAGCUCACCUGCUGCAGGUGUUCUGGACUUCAACAGGACAGCAGAGUCUCCUUCACAUCCUUCAUCACGAUCAUCUUCUUCAUCCUCCCCCCCUCUCAGCCCCCCAGUCCCCAGCCCGCCCUCUGACUCUGGUUACCAUGGUAACAGUGGCGGCACCGGCUUAACGGAGGAUUCAGACUCAGGCGCUCAGGGGAUCCACCUACUGCUGAGACCCCCUGACCUCCUGUCCCCCAGCCUCCCCCCGCCUCUCCCUCCACACAGCCAGUCCACCCUCACCCCUCCCCCCCCCUGGGAGCAGGGCCCCUCACUGGAGGAGGCCUGGGGCUCUGGAGACUACCUAGAGACGCUGUCCUUCAUGGUGCCCGACGGUGAGGAACUGGCCCUGGCCACACCGCUGCCCAGCCACCCCUAUGACGACGAUGACGUCGGGGGUGACUGGGUCUCCUAUGACACCACCUUCCCUACUCGUCCCACCCUCCCCCUCUCCUCCCGCCUCCUCCUCUUACCCUCCUCCCCCACCCCCAGCAUCCACCUGCACACCCGACCCACCCAGCCAGAUGUCUUCCCCACCUGGGAUGAGGAUUACGACCUGGAGGACAUGAUGCCUCUGGAGCCGACGGAGCUGCUGCUGCCGGACAUGAACAGUCUGGAGUACUACACCAACCUGUUGGCCCGGGAGAGAGACAGGGACAGGGAGAGAGACUCCAAACCCUCCAUCACUCCUACAACAAGCCACAACCACACCCACCCUCCGCCUCCAUCUCCACCUCCAAGCUCCGGUCCUAAAGCAGGACGGGAGACCAAACGUCCCUCAGCGGGCCCCACCCCUCCACUCGCAGUCUCACCUACCCUCACAGGUGCGGAAAAGCCACCUGCUCCCUCAGUCCGCCCCAACUUCAAGACCCCCUCCGCCCUUCCUCCAGCUCCGAGACCCAAAGAACAUGCCCCAGUCCCAGGCCGACACUCUCCCCGUCCCCCUUCCAACACCACCAGCCGGGUUCCUCCUCCACCACCACUGGGACCACCUACCCGCCCAGACAGACCAGAGAGGCCAGCAGUGGUCACAGAGAAGCCAGCAAAGGCUCUACCCACCAGGACCACCACUACAACCACUAAGGCGACCACCACCACCACCAUCACCACCACCACCCAGAAUACAGCCAUCAGCCUGACCAGAGCCCCCCCAGUCACCACGACCAGGGUGGCUCAGACCCCUCCCUCCAGACCGUACCUGUGCAACGUCACAAAGCCAGAGAUGUACCUGGUCAGAGUAGGCAGCUCUAAAGGCUCGCCGGCUGCUUUCAGUCAGGUCAGAGACGUUCUGAAGAGAGAAUUCAACCGUUCAGUAGAGCUGCAGUUCCUGAGAACUCCGUCCAGUUUUUCUUUCCGUGUCGUGUCGGGACCGUUGAUCUUCACGGCCAUAUCUGUCAUCAACGCCCUCCGCCAACCGCCACGAAGCUCCGGCCCCAUUCCCGCCGUGUCCCCGCUCUACACCGUACCUAGCCUCAGGUACCAGAUCCACACUGUGCUGCAGUUUGUCCCCGCCCACGUCGACGUCAGAGUCUGUAACUUCAGCGAGCGGGUGGAGAGAGGGCUGACGAUGGCGUACAGCGAGACACGAAGACGCUCACAUGAGGCCGGCAACAUCACAGUACAGCUGUUGAACAUCACCAUGGGCGUAACUCGGCCGGCAGCGGAGCAGAAGGUUCCCGUCGACAUCACGUUCGCAGUGCGUGAUUUGCGGGGCUACCUUCCGGGGUCAGAGGUCAGCGAACACCUGAGGAAGCUCAGCCUGGUGGAGUUCAGCUUCUAUGUCGGAUUUCCUGCCCUACAGAUCGCAGAACCCUUCCACUACCCGGAGCUGAACACGUCUCACCACCUGCGCUCCACCUGGGUCCGUACAGUCCUGCUGGGUGUUCAGGAGCAGCUGGUGGUUGAAAGAAGCUUUAAAGCUCGUCUGGAGAGACGUCUGGCUCUGCUGCUGGAGGAGGGACUGGGAGCGUCCAGCAGGAGGCGGUGGAGAAGAGCUACAGCUGUGGGCAACAACAGUCUGCAGGUGGUGCGGGUGGCGAGGCUGUCGGGGGCGGAGCGUCCUCUGGAGGUCCUGUAUUUCGUGGAGGGUCCGGCCGGUGAGCGGAUCCCAGCGGAGGUGACCGCGGAGACCCUGAACCGUCUGGACCCUCAGAGAGCCGCGAUCGUCCUCGGACACCGAGUGCAGAGACCUCUGGCCCAGCCUGUGGAGACGCUGUCUGUCCCGCCAGCGGAGACUCAGAGCAGCAGCAUCUGGCUGAUCGUCGGCGUGGUCGUCCCCGUCCUGCUGGCCGUCUUCAUCAUCAUCAUCCUCUACUGGAAGCUGUGCGGCUCCGAGAAGCUCGAGUUCCAGCCGGACGCCAUCAACACCAUCCAGCAGAGACAGAAGCUUCAGGCUCCCAGCGUGAAAGGCUUCGACUUCGCGAAGCUCCACCUCGGUCAGCACAGUAAAGACGACAUCAUGGUGAUCCAGGAACCCGGCCCCCUGCCCGCACCUGUCAAAGAGGCCACGCCCUCUGACGGCGGAGACCUCAACACCCCCAAAUCUAAAGGAUCGUCCACCAAAGCAGCCCGGUCCAGCCGCCGCAGGGGCAGGCUCAGCCCGUCAGACGGCGACUCGUUAGGGAGCGACCAAUCCAGCGGCAGAGAGUCGGCGGAGGAAAGCACCCGACCUGUGGCCACGCCCAGCGAGGGGAAACAGCACAGGAAGACGCCCAAAAAUGCCGCCCCGUCAGGCAGCGGUCCGGACGAGCUGCUCUCCUCGUCCUCCAUCUUUGACCACGUGGACCGUCUGUCCCGCGGUUCGUCCGACGGCACACGUCGCCAGGCCAACAAGGUGCAGCUGAUCGCCAUGCAGCCUCGACCGAGCCCGCCGCCGGCUCACGGCCCCAACCAGCCGAGCCCCACCCUCACCGAGAAGGUCAACACGGAGGUGGCGCUGCGACACAAGUCUGAGAUCGAGCAUCACAGGAACAAGCUGCGGCAGCGCGCUAAGAGGCGGGGCCAGUGUGAGUUUCCCUCCAUGGACGACAUCAUGGACGCGUUCGGAGAAGGGCCGGUGCAGAGCGAGGUGGCCCAGCGUCUCUAUAGCUCCGCCCACGACCACAUGGACUGCAUCCUGCAGGGCGAAACCCACUCACCCCCCACGCCCACCGACUCCAGGAGGAGAGGGAGGCGCUCUCCUCGGGGUCGGCGGGCUCAGCCGGGACCUGGAAGUCUUCCUGAUACAGACCGAGACCGGCUGCUCACUGACCAGAGCGCCACCUACAGGAAAUACCCAGGACUCAACAAUGUGGCCUACAUGUCGGACCCUGACCUGCCCCCGGACCACGGCAGUCCCUCCCCCACUGACGAGGUGUUUGACUCCGCCCCAGCCCCCCCUCCCUACAUGCCCCCCCAGCCCUCCAUCGAAGAGGCGCGGCAGCAGAUGCACUCCCUCCUGGACGACGCCUUCGCCCUGGUGUCGCCGUCCUCGCAGGGCAGCGCCGGGCUGAGCGGGGUAAGCCCCGCCCUGCCUAGCCCCUCCCCUCAGGCCCGCCCCCGGGGCCGGCAGUGGGGCUCUUACCCAGCAGCCCCCUCUCACAGCCCCUUCUCUGCAAGGUACGCAGAGCUGGGAAUGUCCCCCACGUCGGUGCAGGGCCUGCUGCAGAGGCAGGGCCUGAGCUCAGGGGGGUAUGUUUCCACUGGAGACCAGCUGCAGGAGUCGGUUUACCCCAACAGGGGGCAGUACGAGGACCCCCCCUCCUCCUCCAGACCACGACCUGUCGGGGGCAGCACAGGUGCGCAGCUCCACCACCUGACCCAGGUGGGUUUGUCCAGCCAGAUUGGUGCGUACCCCGGGGUGGGUCGCAGCAUGUCGGGCCCUACCGGCUCCAGCUGGAACCAGCAGCACUCAGACCAGGAUCUGUCCAGACCAGGAGCUAGCAGAGAGAGCGUGCUGUCGUUUCCUGAGUUCUCCUCUUCCUCUGUUUUCCAGAUGCCCAGCUCCUCGUUGCGGGACCCGUCGGCUCCACCGCUUCUCCUGACCUCACCGACUCCAGAGUAUCCACCGGAGGAUGCUUCACCCUCUGCUCACACCUCUGCCUCUCUUAUCAAGGCUAUCAGGGAGGAGUUGCGACGUCUGGCCCAGAAACAGGCAGCAGUGACCAGCUACCCCUAGACUGGUCUGCACC